AUGACACACCCUGUUUAUGUAGUGGCGGAAAGAUCCUUGUUGGUGGAGCGGACUUGCCUGGAACAUGUGCAAGAAAUUGCGGAAGAUGUUCUCUUGGCAAAAAAAGCUUUUAUGCUGGCUGUAGCGGCCUUCAAUAGCGCGAGGUCCCCAACGGAGUCUUCAACACGCGUAGCUGAGGCUCCAACCGAGCGGCAUAUUGCACCACCAGCGUGGCUCACUGGGGCACUGGCUCCACGAAUGCCGUUGAAACAGCGGCGACAUGGUGUCCAGCGUGUGCGCUACUCUACGCUGGGUGACGCAGUUGUGCGGUCAGCGUGGGGUGGUAGCUCUUAG